CAUUCUCAACACUUUCACAUUCUAAAAACGAUCCUAAUUUAACUAUGAAUAUUUCUUUAAAAAUUAAGUAAAUGGGAAUCAUAUUCCCCACUUUCACAAUCAUAAUUAUUAAUUACGAAUCAUAUAACAGGAAAAGUUGGAUCUCUUAUAUUGGCGUCUACCUAUAAAUAUGGCUAUCCAAAAAGCCGAUAGGAGCAGAGCAUUAUCAACUCAAGUGUUUUUUUAGAGCAGAGCAGAAAUUAAGCUAAAAAAAUGACCAGUUCCUUGAAUUCCCUUUACUACCGCACAACCAAAGUCGAAGAAAUUGAGAAAAAAACAGAAAGGCCGAUGGAGUAUUUCACCAGAGAGAUACAGAAGCCUAAUUCUACAAAUAUGAAGAAGCCGGCGGCGGCGCCAAAGAAGCUGGAAAGCAAGCCAUCGGAAGAUAUCAAUGAAAGUGCGGAAAAUUUCAUAAAGAAGUUUAAGAAACAUCUGCUUCUUCAGAGAGUUGAGUCCAUGGAGAAUUAAAAUGCUUAAGAGGGGAACAUAAGGAGCUCUGUUUUUUUCCCUCAAUAUUUCGUAUGUAUUAUUUAUGAAUUGUUUCGUUGUAUUGCUAUAGGUGUGUGUGGUCAUCUAUGUCAAUCAGUAAGUCAUAAUUUUAAAUAACUUGUAAUAUAUGAAAAAUUAUUAUUGGGUUUUUUGAAA